CCACGGGCAGCCCGACGGACGCGCGGAGCCCGGAGCAGCAAGGCGUCGGCAGCAGCGGCCAGCUCGAGCCCCGGCGGCGCGGCCAUGGCCGAGCUCAGGUCUCUGUCGGGGGACGCGUACCUGGCGCUGAGCCGUGGCUACGCGGCGGCGGCUGGCCUCGCCCUCGGGGCAGCCCAGGGGCCCGAGGCGGGCCGUGGCUACGGCGCACGGGACCUGGGCGGCGACCUCCCCGCGGCGCCCGCGCCCCGCACCCGGGUUGCGGCGGCCGAGAGCAGCGACGAGCAGAGCGGCGACGAGGACGACGCCUUCGAGCGGCGGCGGCGGAGGCGCGGGCCGGGGGGCGCGGCGGGCGGGCGGAGGCGGCCCCGGGAGCCGCGCUCGCUGCGGCUCAGCAUCAACGCGCGGGAGCGGCGGCGCAUGCACGACCUGAACGACGCGCUGGACGGGCUGCGCGCCGUCAUCCCCUACGCGCACGGCCCGUCGGUGCGCAAGCUCUCCAAGAUCGCCACGCUGCUGCUCGCCAGGAACUACAUCCUCAUGCAGGCGCAGGCCCUGGACGAGAUGCGGCGCCUCGUGGCCUGCCUCCACCAGGUCCCCGGCCUCGCCGCGCCCCUGACGCCCUGCGGCCAGGCUGCCGUGUACCCCUUCUCUGCGGGCGGCGCGCUGCCCCGUCCAGACAAGCGCGCCGCCUGCCCCGGGACGCCCUCGGCGCUUUGUGAGCACUGCGAUGAGAGGCUGUAAGGGCACCCCCACACCCCCUCACCCCUCCGCGCGCGUCACCCGUUUUCGCGCUCCCCGCCCCACCGGACCCUGGCCUCGCCGCCUGCCCCUGUGGCCGAACAGCUUGGGGCCACGGGAAACUCGGAGCCCGUCGGACAGGAGCUGAGCUCUGAGUGGGGCGCUGGAAGCCAUGCCCGGAGUCUGAGGCGUCCAUUGGGCACCUUGCCAACGCCCCCCCCCACCCCCCACACCCCCGCCAGGGGCCUGGGGACGCGGUGGAGGUGACUAGCAGGGCGCACGGUCCUGUGAAAACUAGGCCUUCCCAGCAACUGAGCCCAGGGCUGGCGCAGCGCAGGGACAGAGCGCACCCUGCUUAGCGGGUGGGGCCCUCGUUAGGGCCCGCCCUCCGCUGCCGCUGCCGGCGCCUCUCUUGCCAAACUGCAGGGCUGCGCUCUGGGUGAUCCCGAAGACCUACCACCUCCUGCUUCUGCCGGCUCCACCACCCUGCGCCCCCGCAACCAGUGCGCCCCGCAACUGUCCUUUACAAAGGAGCUGGACUUCGAACGCAAGAAGAGCCGGGUAGUGGCUUUUCGGCUUUCCCUAGUCUGAGGGUGCUUAUCUUCUUGCCUAGCUAGAGGUGCUAACCUCUUGGGGAUGAGUGGACGCCAAGGCCGCUGCCCUCAAGCCUGCAGAAUUGUCCCCAAACAGUCCCUGGACUCUCCAGGGGCGGCCCUGCUGGAGUUGGACGGAGACAGUCCUGCGCCCUGUGCUUCCAGGCGGCUGCAAGGAAGAGGAGGAGCCCGCACCGCCCGCAUUUGGCCGUAGGGUGUGAAGGGAGGGCCGGUCUGGUCCCGGUGACCUGCCAACCCCCUCAAGCUUUUGGGGGAGGAGGCCGGCCACGGGUGAGGACCUAAUGGGGGCCGCACCCUGACUGGUGCAAAGGUGAGGAGCGGCUGUCUCUUACGUGGGUGUGCAGCUCGAAUUCUGCUGCACGGGGUCCACGCGUGGGGACUGAGCUGUCUGCCCAGUUGGUGCCCGAGGGACUCAGCGACAACAUCCGGCUUUAUUAACCCCAUUUUCUCUGCUGUCCUUAAUGCCGUGCUAAUGGGGGAGGACUGCCGCCCUACAAAGCGGCCUGUCUGUAGCAUUUAGCUUUAAUUAAUACAUUUCAAAUGCCCUGUUAUAUCUGCGAAAUGAAGUGUGGUUAAAUCUUACUCAUAAAGAUGUAAGCUUAAUACCAGUUCCUGCUCAUUUCCAUUUUUUCAUUGUCUUUGCCCCUAACAGGCUGGUUUAUCACAGAGCCAAGUGUUGGGAACUAUGUUCCAGAUUCCCUCCAGGUAACUGAGGACAGGACGCUGCAAACUCGAGGGCAUGCGUGCUGGGGACGUUGCUAAGGGGCCCUGGUCAGCGCUGCAAGUUACUCAUCAUCUGACACUAAGGUGCUGCUUCUGGCCAAGACCACAGAUGUCAGUACAUCCUUUGUGUUCAGAUAAAGCAUUUGAUUUCAACUUGUUUAAAUGAUUAAAUUUUA